GAAGAUGGUUUCCAGCGAAACCUACGAAGUGGCCUUUGCAGACCCUCCAGGAACCAACCUGGCAGGCAUACCUACCACCAAUCUAAAGUUGUUCUCGCCAUACGUUUCCCACGGCUUGCCGUACGAUGUCGCUUGCGCAAAGCACGUCUCUGAAACCUUUCAUGCCAAACGAGUUUAUAUAAUCGCCUCUGGUACCCUAGCGCGAACGUCAGAUAAGGUUGAGAGGUUGAUCACAGCUAUCGGUAAAGAUAACGUCGUGGGAGUGAGAAAGGGAAUGACUCCCCAUACUCCGUGGUCAGAGAUACUUUCCAUCACUGGGGAGUGCAGAAAGCUGGAUGUGGACUGUGUGGUGACGUUGGGAGCCGGAAGUACCACAGAUGGCGCCAAAAUCGUCGUACUGGCGUUGGCCAACGACAUUCAAACCCCCCAACAACUGGCUAGAUAUUCGGUAGAAAGCCAGGACGUUCCCGACAAUAUCGCACAGCCCACUGUUCCUCUGAUCACGAUCCCCACAAGUCUAUCAGGUGGCGAGUAUUUCAGUCUUGGUGGAGGAACCGAUGACAGCACGCAUCAUAAGCAAGGCUUCCUACAUUCUGGAAUGGGGUCCAAGCUGAUCAUCCUUGACCCCGAGCUUUGUGUGACCACCCCUCCGUAUCACUGGCUAAGCACGGGGAUUCGUAGCGUGGACCACUGCGUGGAAGCCCUUUGUUGCCUGACCGCGACCGAAAAAUCAGACAAAAAGGCUGAGGCAGGACUUCGACAGCUAGUUCCCAAUCUGUUGAAAUGCAAACGGGAUCCCAACGACGUCGAGGCUCGUCGACAAUGCCAGCUUGCGGUUGUGAACGCUAUGGACAACAUCCGUGCCGGAAUCCCCAUGGGCGGUAGCCAUGCGAUUGGACACCAACUCGGUCCUUUAGGAGUUCCUCACGGCAUUACCAGCUGCAUAAUGUGUCCGGCAGUUAUGAAAUACAACAUCAAGCACGGCAAGGACCCCGAAAUCUUCAAGAGGCAGGAGAAAGUGAGAAAACUUCUGUGGUCGGAGCCAGAGGUGGCCCACACCUUGAGAAAUGCGUCUUUGGAUUCCAACUCGGACCUUGGAGACCUGUUGGACGCCAUCAUUCGAGCCCUAGGAUUGCCGAGGACACUAAGUGAGGUAGGAGUUACUGACAAAGAGAUCAGCGGUUUGUCGACGAGGGCUCUCGAAGACUUUUGGGCUCCCACUAACCCUAUUCCACUUCUCAAACCGGAACAAGUUACUGAGAUUCUGAUGGAAGUGAAAUAG